UGCAAUAUAUUCCCACCAAAAACUGAAUCCAAAAAGCUCUGCAUAUCUGCUACUAUUACUAAUAAUAAUACUAGAAGAUGGCAGACAACUUGUUUGGAAAGCCGGUGACUGAUGCAACAGUGAAGUUUUAUUAUCCUCAUAAGAAGGUAAUAACCGCCAAAGACAGGGCUCAAGUGGCAUUCCAAUUGAAGGAAGCAGACGAAAAGAGCGUGAAUGCCGACAAGUAUGUCGAGAACCUCAAGGAGAGGUAUGGCAAUGGAAUUGCUACAUUGGUCACAAUUUAUAAUGCUACUGGAGGUACCUUGGUACGUUAUAAGGACUAUGAUUUCCACGGCCAUAUCGGAGAAGUCCCGUACCCAAACGAGAUUCAAAAUGGCCAAUGGGCUGCUUUUCUCCAUGUCCAUACCGCCUGGACGCUCCGUGGAUCAAGCGCCGCAAUUGUUUACUCCGGCUCGAACAAUGCCGGAGAUAAAGUUGCCUGGUUGAACGCUUGGUCCAAUCCCCAUCAUGGUACAAAUUAUGCUUACACUGAGGUUCGACCGACUAGCCAUUACGACACUGGAGGCGUUUGGGAUGCGGUCGAAAGUUUGUUCAAAACUGAUAAUUUCAGUGACAAUUCGAACGGAGGCUAUACAAUUGCAAGCAUUGGCCAAAACUCUCCCUACAAAUAUGUUGGAACAAUGACCUUGGAUGGUGUCAUUGAUUCUUCAGCUAGUAACUGAUAUCAUUGCAAAAUAUUUGAACCACAUGCACUAUAUAAAUAAACUAUAUAUAUAUAUUGACAAGUAUGCCAAUAUAUAUAUAUAUAUAUAUAUACACCUUUGUCUUUUAAGGAUAAGGCUGUAAUUGCAAGUGCAUGCGGCAUUAAUGUUUUAGAUUUGGCUACUUGUACUCUAUCUUGUUCGGACUAUUUCCUUGCAAGAAGUUAUCAUAAUAAAAUGUUCAUUUACUAUA